GCGUCGAUUCGUGCGCAAUUUCAUCCCUAGCUUGGAGAUUCGUUCUCCUAUGGACGCCUGUGCGUUUAUCGAAUGGAAAUCGUUUUGUGAUUAAAAGUGAAUCGAUAUAAAUUUGUGCUUUAUUAAGGAUACUUUUAUGAGCAGUAUUGUCUCUUACAAAAGUGUGUAACAUUUGAAGCGAGCAUGUGUGCACACGAGAAUAAACCGGCUAUGAAUCCAAUCAAGGACUUACGGCGUCCACAUUCCACAUCUAAACCUUCCUCUAAACAUGAUCGCUUAUAAAAUGGUGCUGAAGAGAGAAGGAGGAAGGGGAGGAAAUACGAGGGGAGAAGAAUGGAGUUAUGGAGCGACUAGGGAAGCGAAGGGGAAGAGAAAGAUGCCGGCUGGCAAGCAGAUGGUUGCCCCGUUUAUUGGUUUAUUCGUCGGUUCAGCCAUGACGUUCCGUCCGGCCAUGAAACAAGCCGGAGAUUCUCCUUGUGUUAGAGAAUAUCAAGCAACGAGACUACAACUGCUCUUCCUAUUAAAAUGCAUUUGUGAGCUACUUACUCGCGUAGUAAAUAUAAUCAUUUUUCGCAGACACUUUGUAUCAUUCCUAUCAUGA